UUUAAAAGCCAAAUAUAUUUCUCCACCAUCAAAAAGAUAUCUCGGAGAAAAAAAAUUAAUCCAUGGCUCAAACCAUGCUGCUCAUGUCUAGUACUUGUGUUUCAACUAGCCAUGUAGUGAACUUGAAGCGAGACCUCCCUUUACUCCAUUUCCAAGCUCAAGGAUUAAAGCCUAAACCCUUCUCUCAUUUCUUAUUCAAUCCACUCUCUAAUGGAGUUGCUACUUCAUCUAAAGCUUUUACCACUUUUGCAGUCUUCAAAUCAAGGACCAAAGCAGCUCCCAAGAAGGUUGAACCAAAGCCAAAGCCAAAGGUUGAAGAUGGAAUCUUUGGCACCUCAGGAGGGAUUGGUUUUACCAAGCAAAAUGAGCUCUUUGUGGGACGUGUUGCCAUGCUUGGCUUUGCUGCAUCCUUGUUGGGUGAAGCAAUCACAGGAAAAGGAAUUCUAGCACAGUUGAACCUGGAGACUGGAAUUCCAAUUUAUGAAGCUGAACCCCUUCUUCUCUUCUUCAUUCUUUUCACCCUCCUUGGAGCAAUAGGAGCUUUGGGUGACCGAGGUAGCUUUGUUGAUGACCCUCCUACAGGGGUUGAAGGGGCAGUUAUCCCUCCUGGCAAAGGCAUCAGGGGCGCAUUGGGUCUCAAGGAAGGAGGUCCAUUGUUUGGAUUCACAAAGGCAAAUGAGCUCUUUGUGGGAAGAUUGGCUCAGCUGGGCAUUGCCUUCUCAUUGAUAGGAGAAAUUAUUACAGGGAAGGGAGCACUAGCACAACUAAACAUUGAGACAGGAAUUCCCAUUAACGAUAUCGAACCCCUUGUCUUGUUCAACGUUGCCUUCUUCUUCUUUGCUGCUAUAAAUCCCGGGACUGGUAAAUUUGUUACAGAUGAAGAUGAAGAGUAGUUGCUGUUUGUUCUUACAGAUUUUCUAAGCAAUUUGUAAAAUCAUGAUACUGUUUUUCUCUCCCUUUUUCUCAUGUCACUUUGUUUGCAUCAAUGGAAUUUUCUU